AUGAAUUUUUCUGAAUUUAAUGAUGAAAUAAUAGAAUGUAACAUUUUAAGUAAUACAUGUUCUGAAUAUGAUAAUUUUGAUAUCUUUGAGGAUAAUUAUUCAUUUGAUAUUUUAAAAAAAAAAAAAAAACAAAAAAUAAAAAAUAUUUACAACAAGUUAAAUGCUUUUAAAAAGAAAUUUUCCACAUCAACUGAAUAUUUAAAAUGUGCAGAGAUUUUAUUCAAAUGUGCUGGAGGUAACUGCCUUCUAGAAAGAAAAGAACGUUUGAAAAAAAACUACUUAGAAGACUUCUCUUGUAAUUCAGAAGAAGAUAUAUUUUUUGAUGGUUAUGUUAACUAUUUUGAUUUUUUUGAUGUUGAAAAUUUUAACUUAUUUUUUAAUAAAUAUUUCCAUAUAGGCUCUAUUAAGAAAAAAAAUAACAUGACUUAUGAGGAUGUUUUAAAAAAAAAUCAAGAAUAUUUUGAAACUGUUAGUAAUAGCAAAAUAAAAGUUUCUCAUCUUUUAGAUAACAAUGAGGAUUACUUAAAAUUGACUAAUAAUAAAAACAAAAAGAAUGAUUAUAGCAAUUAUAAAAGAUUAGUAGUGCAAAAAAUAGAAAAAACAAAUGAUUUAUUUAAUGAUUUUUAUAAAGAACAUUAUAAAAAUACAAGUGAUCAAGAGGUUACUUGUGACAGUAAAAAGAAAAAUUUACAAAAAAACAGUUUUGAUUUAUUUAAUAAAAGAAGAAAAUUAAGUGAACAUACAAAUAGUGUUGAUGUAAUGAUAGAAUCUGAAAAUAAUAAAAGUGAUUUCACUAAUAUAUUACUAGAAAAUAAAUUAACAGAAGAAGAAAAAAAAUAUAAAAAGUUCAUGGAAAAAACAUUUGAAAAUAAUAGAAAAUGUAAUGUUGAAAAAAAAGUAAUAAUUUUUAAAAUUUGUAAUAUAUUAUUUGAAAGUAAUAGUAUGGAAAAAUGUCAAAAUUUCUAUGAUGUUAAUAAUUCAAAUGAUUCCAAAUUUAAUAACAAAAUAAAUUAUGAUAAGAAUUUUAAUUAUGAUACUUAUAAUAUAAAUACGAAUAUAUAUUUUCCAACAUAUAACAGUCCUUUAAUAAAUGAAAAUAGCUUUGAUGAAAAUAAAAAAGACAAAUUAAGUGAUAUUAAUUUAAAAAGAAAAAUGCAUUUUUAUAGUUGUUUACUGAAAUUGUUUAUGUAUAUUAAUACUUUAUUUAGAAUAUGUGUAGAAUUGAUGAAAUAUAAUUUUUCAGAUUUAAGUUGUGAAAAUAAAGUUCUCUCAAACGACUCAAAGAAAUUAGUUAAACUAAUUUAUAUAUUUCAAAAACAAGAGAAGUAUCUUAUCAAUUUUAGUAAAUAUAUAUUACAUAUGGCAAAAAAAUAUUUUUUAAAAAAUAACAACUUAAUUUUAACUAAUGAAAUUUCAACCUUAAAAAAAUUAAUUAAAAUUCUUUUGAAAUGGAAAAAAAGAGAUUUUAAUAUUUUAAUUAAAUUUACUGAAUUAAAAAUAAAAAAUGAAAACAUAUAUAAAGCAGAAAUUGUAAACAAUAAUUUAGUGAAAUAUAAUUUUGAAUUAAGAAAAAUUUAUUUUUGUAAAUAUAACAACGAUAUCAUAAUAUCAUUAAAAAAAAUAUUUCCUCUAUGUUUUUAUGAGGAUUAUUCUAGCAUAAGUAAAAAUCAAAAAUUAAAUUUUAUGAAUGAAAAAUUAAAAAAUAAUGAAAACGUAAACAAAAAUUAUGGAAUUAAAAUAAAAGAACAGGAAAAUAAUGAAAAUGCUUUUAACUCAUUUAUAUCUAGUUCUGAUUUUUAUAUAAAUAAUCUAUUAGAAGAAUGUGAACAAUUUAAAAAUUCUGAAGAAAAAUAUUGUUAUCUAACAGACGUUCAGAAUUCUAAUUAUCUAAAUUAUGAAAUAGAGUUAAAUAUUAAUAAAAUGAAAAUAAUAAAUUGUCUAAAUAAUAUUUUAAUAAGUGAAAUUGACAAUAUAGAAAAAUUAAAAAUUAGAAUUAGUAAUGAUGAAGAAGAAAUUAAUAAUAUAUUUUGUGGUAUUCAAAAUAUAUAUAAUAUUUUAAUAAAAGACAUUGAGAUAUCAGAAAAUAUAUCAUCAAUUAAAGAAUCUUCUAAAAUCUAUAAUAAUUUAAAAAAUACGAUAUUAAAAUAUGAUUCAGAAAAAAAUGAUGAAAUUUAUUUAAACGAGAAAUUUGCAUGUGAUAAAAAAAAUGAACUUGAAAAUUCUAAAAGGAAUUCUAAAAGUUUCAAUUUUAAUUAUUUUAGUAUUAACAUCAAAGAAGAAAAUAGAAAGAAUGUUAAAGAGUCAGAAAAAGAAAACUUCAUAAAAGAUCAUUAUUUAGUUUGUAAUUACUCUAAAGAAAUAAUGAAAAGAAAAGAUCAUGGUGAUAUAGAUAUAAAUUCUUAUAAAAAAAAUUAUAAUAAUGUUAAUAAAUUAAAUAUUUUAAAAAAAAUGAUAAAAAACAUAAUAAUUUUUUUGGAAAAAAAUAAUUUUAAUAGUUGUAAGGAACUUAAAUCAAAAAAUAAAAUGAUAAAUGAUAACUCAGAAGAAUAUUUACAAGAAGAAAAAAAAAUAAGUCUUGAAUACACUGAAUAUCUAGUAAAAGAAAAAAAACUAAAUAAUGAUCUUAGUGAAGAGCUAGAAAAAGAAAAAAAGAUUAAUAUUAAACUAAAAGAAGAAUUAGAAAAAGAAAAAAAAAGAAAUAUUGAAUUUGAUGAAUAUUCGGAUAAGCAAAGAAUGUUGGAAAAUCAACUACGUAUAGAAUUAGAAGAGAGCAAAAAAAUUAUUAACGAAUUGAAUAUGAAACUAGAGAAAGAAAAGGAAACUAAUAACGAGUUGAAUAUAGAAUUAGAAAAAAAAAAAAAUAUAAGUGUUGAGUUUAAUGAACACUUAGAAAAAGAAAAAAAAAUUAAUAAUCAAUUAAAAAUAUCAUUAGAAGAAGAAAAAAAAGUAAAUGUUGAUCUGAAUAUAGAAUUAAAAAAAGAAAAAGAUACUAAUAAUGAGCUGAUUACAAUAUUAGAAAAAGAAAAAAAAAUGAAUAAUGAAUGGAAUAUAAAAUUAGAAAAUGAAAAAAAAACAAAUAUUGAACUUAAUAAAUAUUUAGAAAUAGAGAAAAAAGUAAAUGUUGAUCUGAAUAUAGAAUUAAAAAAAGAAAAAGAUACUAAUAAUGAACUUGUUAUAGUAUUAGAAAAAGAAAAAAAAAUGAAUGAUGAAUUAAAUACUGAAUUGGAAAAAGAAAAAAAAAAAAAUGUUGAGUUUAAUGGAUAUUUAGAAAAGGAGAAAAAAAUGAAUGAUGAAUUAAAUACUGAAUUGGAAAAAGAAAAAAAAAGAAAUGAUGAGUUUAAUGAAUGUUUAGAAAAAGAGAAAAAAGUAAAUGUUGAUCUGAAUAUAGAAUUAAAAAAAGAAAAAGAUACUAAUAAUGAACUUGUUAUAGUAUUAGAAAAAGAAAAAAAAAUGAAUGAUGAAUUGAAUAAUGAAUUAGAAAAAGAAAAAAAAAGAAAUGAUGAAUUAAAUGUAGAAAUAGAAAAAGAAAAAAAAAGAAAUGAUGAACUGAAUGUAGAAAUAGAAAAAGAAAAGAAAGUUAAUAGUGAAAUGAAUAAAGAAUUAGAAAAAGAAAAAAAAAAAAAUGUUGAGUUUAAUGGAUAUUUAGAAAAAGAAAAAAAAAGAAAUGAUGAGUUUAAUGAACAUUUAGAAAAAGAAAAAAAAAGGAAUGAUGAAUUAAAUACUGAAUUAGAAAAAGAAAAAAAAAGAAAUGAUGAAUUGAAUGUAGAAAUAGAAAAAGAAAAAAAAAGAAAUGAUGAAUUAAAUGUAGAAAUAGAAAAAGAAAAAAAAGUUAAUAGUGAAAUGAAUAAAGAAUUAGAAAAAGAAAAAAAAAGAAAUGAUGAAUUAAAUGUAGAAAUAGAAAAAGAAAAAAAAGUUAAUAGUGAAAUGAAUAAAGAAUUAGAAAAUCAAAAAAAAAAAAUCAAAGAUCAGAAUGAUAAAUUAUUAAAGCAAGAAAAAUUAAUUGAAGAGAUGAAAAAAAAAUUAGAGAUAGAAAAUAAAAAAAAUAAAAAUAAUGAGUUAUUAGAUGAACAGAAAGAUUUUAUUUCGUUAUCAGAAAAAAAAGACGAAGUUAAUAUAAUAGAACAAGAAAAUAAAUCUAAAAGAAAACAAAAUAAAUUAUUUACAGGAAGUGAACAAGUAAAAUUUGAAAAAUUGAGUGAAAAGAAUAACAACGUUUUAAAAUCUAUUGAAGAAUAUAAUAAACUUUAUGAUUCAUAUAUUGAAAUAACAUUAAAAAAAGAAAAUUUAGAAAAAGAUUUUGAAGAAAAGAUGAUAUAUUUUAAAGAAAAAAUGGCUUCUUUUGAUGAGAAAGUAAAAUAUUUUGAUGAAAAAAUAUUAUAUUAUAAAAAUACAUGUAAUAUUUAUGAAAAAAAUGCAUUAAAAGUAAAUAAACUCAUUAAAACACUAGAAGGAUUCAUAAAAUAUAUUGAAAAAAGUGGUGAUAAAAUAGAUUCAAAUAUACAAAGGAAAUUAGACAAAAUAAAAAUUUUCAUGAAUGAAAUAAGUGAUAAUCGUACAACCAAAAUAAUAGAAACAGAAAAGAUGUUAUUUGAUGAAAUUAUUAAUGAAAAAAAUAUAUUAUUAGAAAAAAUUGCUUAUCAUGAAAAGGAAAAAUUAAUAUAUGAUAACGAAAUGAGUGAUGACUUAAAGAAAUAUAUGAAUGAAUUAAAUUUUAAAAGUAUUAAUGAAUUAUUUAUAUUUCAUUCAAAUAUAAUCAAAGAAUUAAGAUUAGUUAAAAAGAAUUGUAACAUAUUAAUAGAAGAAAAUAUAAUGAAAAAUAAAGAAUUUGAAAAUCAUAUUUUAAAAUUAAAUAAAUGUUUAGAUAAAAAAGAAAAAGAAAUUGAUGUACUCAAUGAAAAUUGUAAAUCAUUAUUAUUAGAAUUGGAUAACUUAAAAUAUAUUUUAAAUGAUUUGUUAUCAUUUGGAGAGAAAAAAUUGUCUAAGUAUAAUCAUUUACAGAAAGAUGAUAUUUUAAAAAAAUAUGGAAAAAUAGAAAAAUACAAUAUUUCAGAAAAGUUUAAAAUUAUAGAAAGAAAUACAGAUGAAAAUUUAUUAAAAAUUGAUGACCUUUUAUCAAAGACUGCUAAUUUAUCAAAGACUGCUAAUUUAUCAAAGACUGCUAAUUUAUUAAAGACUGCUAAUUUAUCACAGACUGGUAGUGUGUCAGAAAAUGAUAAUACAUCAAAAGAUAAAAAUAAUAGUUUAGUGAAAUUAAAAAGAUCCUCAAAAAAUAAAAAUAAGGAUAUAAUAAAAAGUAAUAUAUUAUUAAAUGAAAAAAAAAAAGUUGAAACAGUUAGACAAUAUCAUUUAAGAAGUAGUAGUAGAAGAAAAUAG